GAGCCUGACACAGGGAGAUAGACACUACCUACCGGCAGACACUACCUACCGGCAGACACCACUACCUACCGGCAGACACUGCUUACACUCGAAAAAGAUGAGCAUUUUACCAGCUAUGUCAAACCAAGACCAAGGAUUUACAAGCCUUGUACAACAGAGAACUAACACUCAUUCACCUCCGAAAAAGUACAAGGACAAAGAUGUCCAAGGUUCCCAGCGAAUUAUGAAUAUCAAGGAGCUGUCCAAAGAAGAGACUGCUAUGAAUAGGAAUCCAUUGAAGCAAAACAUCUGUGUAAAAAUGCUGUGCCGGGGCUAUCACAAAUCUUUCUCAGAACUCUUUACUCUGAUCCAGAAGUGGAAUGCCUUGAGGGAGGCUGGAGGCCCUGGGUCAGCCAUAUGGCAACAGAAACCCUUGGAGGAACAGCAAGAAAAACUGGAUAAACUUCAACACUUCCUGACCAGGGCUGAGGCAGCCCAACGAGCAGGCAUUUAUGAAGAAGUGUACAACAAUCAGUUUGCCCUGGCACAGUACUUCAAGGAUCUCAAAGACCACUGGCUUUCAAAUCACUUCUUUGAAUGCUGCUUUCAGACUGCAAAAUGUAUUAAAAUCGAUGGUGGGAGAAAAGAAGCUGAAGCCAAUGCAAACCUUGGCAUGGUGGCAGAAGAACAUGGUGAGCUGGAGAAAGCUGCUGAGCAUUACGAGAUAUUUUAUCAUUUGACAGAAGGACGGAUGUGGAAAGAUGAGUCAGGCCGCACUCAUAACUCAGUGGCUUGUGAGAACCUAUGGAGAAUAUACAAUUUGCUAUCAGAGAAAAUGCUCCAAGAUAGAAAGUGCCAACAAGCCAUCACAACUCUAAUGAAAGCUCUUGAUAUGGCAAGAAAAGGUGGUGAUAAAAAACUGGAGGGGGAAGCUGCCUACCGUUUGGGAUUGGCACAUAUAUCAUCUGGAAAUCCUCAAACAGCGAUUACAUCUUUAAAUACCUAUAUGGAAAUCUCCAAAGCGCUGGGAGAUAAUGUUGGUCUUGGUAAAGCGUAUGAAGCUGUGGCGAAAGCCCUGGAAAGCCAAGGAAAAAUAAUUGAAAGUAUUCAGUACUUGGAAAAUUAUGUAGAAGUUGCCAAAAGUAACAAUUUGUACCAGAGCCUCACAGAGACAUGUAUAUGCCUUGGGGAUAUUUAUAACACACGAGGGAACUACAAAAAAGCAUGCAAGCAUUUUUUAGAAGCUUAUAAGAGUGCAAUCCUUCUUGGUAAAAUAACCCUAAUAGAAGAGGUUCAGGUUUAUUAUGGGAUUGCAAAAGCACAUAAAAUGAUGCUGGACGUGAUCAGACGAACAGAAGCUGCGGAUUAUGUCAGCAUGGAGUGCCUGUAUGCUUGGAAAAAGAACAGAAGUGACAUGUUCCGUGACCCUGCAAUAGUUGGUUUACUGUCAGGUACACAAACUUCUAUGGUCGGUUUUUCUUCAAAUGCGUUGACAGAAAGUGUUGCAAGAGGAAUGACUUUAGACAGUACUGAAGCUGGUGUACAAGUGGCAACAACAACUGAAGCUACCAAUGAAACUCAAGCAACCGAAACUGAAAAAUCAGCUGGACCAAUGGUAGCCUCAUAAUGGGCAACAUAUCUAUCCUUUUCUCUCUGGUUGUAUGUAUGCAGAUGUUACUUACCCUUGCAGUGUAAUAUUAUUGUGAACUGUUUCCUCAUUGGACAAUCUUUCUGACAUUUUGUAGCUUUCCUUUGCCCCGUUUGCAAAGAGAACCUAUAUCAUACACUAAUCAUAGUUUGUUGUACGUCAAGCCAAAUGUUGCAAUGUCCUACCUGUACUAAAUAGAUUGGAAUUGAGCACUGUAGCUUCUUGUUAUGUGUUUGAUUGGUUUAACAUGCUUUGUUGUUAAUUACAAUAUGCUAUUUACUCUAGAUUGUAAGCUCACAGGCAAUCUAGCAAAGUACUCUGUAUUGAAGAGCUUCUAGGGCGGCAUCUGUGCUCACGGGCAGGGCCCUCAUUACUUAUUGUAUUGGUCUGUUAAUAUUGCAUUGUUUUUUUUCCCAAUUGUGCAGCACUGCAAAAUAUAUGGGUACUUUACAAAUGCCAGUAUAAAUAGUUAUAAUAAUCUGAGUCUCUGGGAUAAUUCAACUGUGCUAAACUACAGGGUAGGCAAAGCUAUAAAAAACAAAUUAAAUAAAACCAAUAUACAUUACAAACCAUUGUUAAGAAAGCAGUAUCAACUUGAUGGAAUUGUAUUAAUACCCAUUAUAUAUUGUGGACAGACUGUAUUGGGAGAUAGAGCAUGCCUGUUUGUUACUGUUUUGGGUUUGUAUAGAUUGUU